AUGUCGGACACACUCUCCGAUGCGGACAAGAUUCGCAACAAGCGACUUGCGAAGCUUUCAAACCCAGUCCAGCCCUCUUUGGAUGGCAACUCCGAAUCGGCACAGAGUUCAGCUAACACAUCUCCAUCACAAUCACCACUGUCUACUCAGCCACCGAGUCGCCUCUUCAACGCGCCACCAACCCCGCAACAGUCAGAAGGGAAGCGGAUCAAGAUCACACCGGUAGCUACACCAGAGCGCACACGACCCGCCGCUCCCUCAGCCCCAAGCACCCCUCCACCACAGAAAAUCGAAAGCAUUGAGGCAUUUGAAGACCGGACACUAAGUGCCGUAUUCAGAGUAACCCUCAAGGAAGAAGGACAACGUGAUAUUCAUGGCAAUCGCACAUACUUGCCUGGACUUCGGAGUGAACUGCAGAAUGAGGGCCAGGAUCUGCGGAUCCAGGUUGCGGUUCUAGACCAAGCCCUGCUAGAGGCAGCGUCAAAGGCCGAGAGGCAGCGUCCUCUUGAUUAUCUGCUGCCAUGCUGGAAGCGCAUCACAAAGCUGUACAAGGGACUGAGGCGGACGGGAGAUAAUGACCCAAAGUAUCAAGUUCUAUGUGAGGCGCGGCGCCUGUGCAUGAGCUACUGUAUCUUUGCGAUUACAAUGCCAGAGAUGUUUGGGAGCGAAUGGUCCCCGCAAUCAUCGUUAGCCGCGUACCUUCUUGUCGACCCUGAGGACGACAAAGGAAUCGACUUCGAGUUUAUCAACGAGGCCGUGAGAAGAUUCGACGAGGAUGAUUCUGUUAAGCCCGCCUUCAUAUCUGCCGUUGAGCAGUUGAGCGCGCAGCUUUCUUCCAUGGACGUUAACGAUGACUACAAGCCAUACGCCAUUGCUCUUCGAAAUCUUGUUCGCAACGGUUCCAUUGCGGCUGCAAUCACGGAAUCCUCCCUCUUUAACAACACGAAGGACCCUGCUGAAUUCGAGAAAGCCACUCUUCUGGGCCCAUGGUUCCGCCUCUCACCUCUCCAAGCUAACGUCACCCUGUCUUAUUUCUCUAGCCCUAAGACCCGGGACCAGGCAUAUAUUUCCAAUGCCCAGAGAUCGCUUCGAAUGACACAGCAGAUGCUCAGCUCUGAUCUUCUUGAUGUUGUUAAUCACCUGAUCCGGGCCUCGAAAGAGGCUAGAGAUCGUGUUCUGGAUUGGUUCGCUACUGCUAUGAACAUCAAUCACAAACGACGAGCAAUGCAGGUCGACCCUACACAAGUAUCGUCGGAUGGCUUCAUGUUCAAUCUCACAACGUGCCUCGACCAGCUCUGUGAGCCGUUCAUGGACGCAGCAUUUACUAAAAUCGACAGAAUUGAUGCGGAUUAUCUCCACCGCGAUUCUCGAGUUGACAUGCGGGAUGAGACUAAAAUCAAUGCUGAUCAGCAUGCUUCCGACGCUUUUUAUUCCAAGAAGGUCGAAGGAACCUCAAACUUUAUUACUGAAAUAUUUUUCCUGACUGUCGCCGCUCAUCACUACGGCAGUGAAUCAUUGACGUCAAAGAUGGAGCAACUCGAGAAGGAUGUGCGACAAAUGGAGAGUACAAUCACUAAAUUCGAACUUGAGCGAGUUCGCUGGCUCAACAAUCCCCAGCAAUUGCGCACCUUUGAUAUGGCCCUGAAGAAGUACAAAGACAAGCUCGACCUGGGUAUUGCCCUCAAGUACAGUCUGCAAGGUGUGUUGUUCGACGAGCAGUGGCAGGCUCGUUCAAUGCUAUUCAUGCGAUAUGUUACCGUGUGGCUUUUGCGACUUGUCUCGGGAAAGAACUUCCCCAAGGAGCAGGUUACCCUUCCUCUUCCAGAGGAGCAGCCCGAAGUUUUCAAAUGCCUACCAGAGUACUUCUUGGAGGACGUUGUCAGCAACUUCAAGUUUAUCAUGUGGUGCAUGCCACAGAUCAUUACCGCCACCCAGGGCGAUGAGUUGGUAAUGCUGUGCAUCACAUUCCUGGAGAGCUCCGCCUAUAUUAAGAACCCCUACCUGAAAGCCGGACUGAUCUCCAUUCUGUUCCGAGGCACCUGGAAACGCCCUGGUGGCGCCAGUGGUGUUUUGGUCGACCUGCUCAACUCGAUGCCGUUUGCUAACGAGCAUCUCCUCCAUGCGGUUAUGAAAUUCUACAUUGAGGCAGAGUUCACGGGAACACAUUCUCAAUUCUACGACAAGUUCAACAUCCGUUACGAGAUCUUCCAGAUCAUCAAAUGCAUCUGGCCCAACACUCUGUAUCGGGAGAAGUUGUCCCUUCAAGCCAACCAGAACCUGGAUUUCUUCGUCCAAUUCGUCAAUCUUCUAUUGAACGAUGUGACCUACGUACUCGACGAGUCAUUCGGUGCCUUCAAGACUAUCCACAACACCCAGACUGAGCUGAAUACACAGGGCCACUCAAUGGAUGCUGCAACCCGUCAGCAGCGGGAAGAGCAUCUGUCAUCAGCGCAGCGUAGCGCCAAAAGCUACAUGCAAUUGACUAACCAGACCGUGGCAAUGCUCAAGCUAUUCACCGAGGCGCUUGCUGACUCGUUCACAAUGCCUGAAAUUGUGCAGCGACUCGCAGACAUGCUGGACUAUAACCUGGACGCAAUGGUGGGACCCAAGAGCUCCAACCUCCGAGUGGAUAACUUGCAGGAAUACGGCUUCAACCCUCGCGCUCUUCUGAGUGAGAUUGUCGACGUCUAUCUUAACCUGAUCGGCAAGGAAAACUUCAUCCUGGCUGUUGCCCGUGAUGGCCGAUCCUACAAGCCAGCCAAUUUCGAGAAGGCAGCCGACAUUAUCCGGAAGUGGUCGCUGAAAUCCCCCGAGCAGCUCCGUCAUUGGAGUCAGUUGCAGAAGAAGGUUCAGGCUGCUAAGGAGGCCGAUGAUCAAGCGGAGGAAGACAUGGGCGAGAUUCCUGAAGAGUUCCUCGAUCCUCUUAUGUAUUCCCUCAUGGAUGACCCAGUCAUCCUCCCCGGCUCGCGGAUCUCCAUCGACCGCGCCACAAUUCGCUCGCAUCUCCUCAGUGACCCUCACGAUCCAUUCAACCGUGUCCCAUUGAAGAUCGAAGAUGUGGUGGCUGACACCGAACUCAAAGCCAAGAUCGAGGCGUUCAAGACAGAGAAAUUAGCUGGCAAACGAAGGGAAAUGGUCCAUGAUCGGAUGGACACAUCGAAUUAA